GUCCUUUCCUUGAUCUCCCUCUUCAUUUGUUACUGUCUCCACCAUAACCAUCACAAUGCCCAGCCACCACCAUCACCACCGCUCUACUCCGCUGCUGUCCGCCACGGCAGCUUCCUCCUCUUCCUCCCAAUCCUUCGUCUCUAAGCUCCUGCUCCUCUUAACACUCCUCCCUCUCUCUUUAGCUGCCUUAGCUUUCGUCCUCCAGUGGCGCGGAGGGGGUGUAUCCGAUCCCACCAUCGCCACAUCCGCCGCCUAUUCCCGAUGGGCACCACGUGGGUCCCACCACGAGAUCUUCCCUGGCAUGGAGACUUUCUCAUCUCUCUCUCCCAAAUCGCAUUCUUCUUCGGAUUGCAUCAAUCUCGGUCGUACCUCUUCUCAUUCUCUCCCUUACUAUGGGGACUGGAAAUUUGGUUUUGAAGCUAAUUUAAAGCCAAAGAUUUGUAUUACAACAAGUACAUCAGCUGGCUUGGAGCAGAUUUUACCAUGGAUGUUUUAUCAUAGAGUUCUUGGUGUCACAAACUUUUUCCUCUUUGUGGAAGGGCAUGCUGCUUCUCCUAAUGUUUCUAAAGUUUUGGAGUCUCUUCCCGGAGUAAAAGUUGUAUACAGAACAAAAGAGCUUGAGGAGCAGCAGGCUAAAAGCCGGAUCUGGAAUGAAACAUGGUUGUCGAGUUUCUUUUACAAGCCUUGCAAUUAUGAACUAUUUGUGAAGCAGUCUCUCAAUAUGGAAAUGGCCAUUGUCAUGGCAAGGGAUGCUGGAAUGGAGUGGAUACUGCAUCUUGAUACUGAUGAGCUAAUACACCCAGCUGGUGCAAGUGAAUAUUCUUUGAGGCAGUUGCUACUUAAUGUACCUAGCAAUGUUGAUAUGGUCAUAUUUCCUAACUAUGAGAGCAGCGUUGAACGAGAUGAUAUCAAGGAUCCUUUUACUGAGGUGUCAAUGUUCAAGAAGAACUAUGACCAUCUACCAAAGGACACAUACUUUGGCAUGUAUAAAGAAUCAACUCGUGGUAAUCCAAAUUAUUUCUUGACUUAUGGGAAUGGGAAAGCAGCUGCCCGCAUUCAGGAUCAUCUUCGUCCAAAUGGUGCUCACAGAUGGCACAAUUAUAUGAAAACCCCAAAUGAAAUCAAAUUGGAGGAGGCUGCUGUUCUACACUACACAUAUGCCAAAUUUUCGGACCUUACAUCUAGACGUGACCGGUGUGGCUGCAAGCCUACCAAGGAUGAUGUCAAGAGAUGCUUCAUGUUGGAAUUUGAUAGAGCUGCAUUUAUAAUUGCUUCAACACAAACAGAGGAAGAGAUGCUUAACUGGUAUCGUGAACGUGUCGUGUGGGGUGACAAAGACCUAAGGCUUAAACUCUUGAGAAAGGGGAUUUUAACUCGCAUAUAUGCUCCAAUGGCCAUAAUCCAGGGGCUAAGAGAGUCCGGUGUCUUCAGCUCUGUUAUUGCUAACGCCCCCACUACUAUUUCAAAGGACAAGUUUUUAGCAUCCAUUGAUAGUAGUAACUCAUCAAGAGUCGUUUCCCCCACGACUCACACUUCAAGAAAGAUUGGUAGAAGCAGACAGCAACAAACAUCUGCUAGGAAGGUGCUGGGAGUUGAAACUAAUGCAGCUGAUGAAGCAGCAGCUGUUCCGCCAUUGUCACCCCGCAUGGACAAUGACGACCUUCGAGCAAUGAUGGAGUGGCUGAUUUCGAUGCCUCUUUACAAUCUCUUCCUUUGGACGGUUUAUUAUAUCUUUUGCUUCAAACGCAAGGAAUCACUGACACAAGCAAAAGAGCAGGUACGCAAUGUCUUGUUUGUUGUGUAUAGUUAUAGUUCUACAGAUUUCUGCUCUGCCAUUGAAUGUUUGAAGCGAGAAUUGGUAGCAAAAUAUACUGUAAUUCAUGAUAUUGUUGUUUUGACUGAUACUACAGAAUUACAAGUCAUUUAUAAUAAUAUAUAUAAAUAGAUUUCAGCUUCUUAA